GCCGCGCCGGGCCGCCCCCCCCCCCCGGGAGGGACAGUCGGGGACCCGCGCGACACGGAGGAGCUCGCGUCCGGGGUAGUGCAGGCGGCCCUGGGGACCCCCUGCGCGGCGGGCGCGGAGAUGAUCCUGGAGGAGAGGCCCGACGGCGCGGGCACCGGCGAGAAGAGUGCGCGGCUGCAGGGCCAUGACUCCCUGACACAGACACAGCGUGGCCAGCUGCAGAGCCGCAGGGCCCGGAUUUACCAGCAGAUCGACAAGGAGCUGCAGAUGCGGACGGGUGCUGAGAACCUCUACAGAGCCACCAGCAACAGCCGGGUGAGAGAGACGGUCGCCCUGGAGUUGAGCUACGUUAACUCCCACCUGCAGCUGCUGAAGGAGGAGCUGGAGGAGCUCAGUGGCAGCGUGGACUCUGGCCGGCAUGGGAGAGCCCUGGGAGUGGACCCGGGCUGCCGAGGCCAGCAGGGCUCGGCCUUACAGUCUGGAAUCAAUGCUUCUGGUUGUAGCGAAGCUGUCACUGUCCCCAUGAUACCCCUGGGCCUGAAGGAGACCAAGGAGCUGGACUGGUCUACACCGCUGAAGGAGCUGAUCUCGGUGCACUUCGGAGAGGACGGCACCUCCUAUGAAGCAGAAAUCAGGGAGCUGGAGGCCCUUCGGCAGGCCAUGCAGACUCCCAGCCGGAACGAGGCGGGCCUGGAGCUGCUCACCACCUACUACCACCAGCUGUGCCUCCUGGAUGCGCGCUUCCUCACCCCCGCCAGGAGCCUCGGGCUCUUCUUCCAGUGGUAUGACUCGCUCACUGGGGUCCCGGCCCAGCAGCGUGCCCUGGCCUUCGAGAAGGGCAGCGUGCUUUUCAACAUUGGUGCCCUACACACACAGAUCGGGGCGCGCCAGGACCGCACCUGCGUCGAGGGUGUCCACUGCGCCGUGGAGGCCUUCCAGAGGGCCGCUGGGGCCUUCAGCCUCCUGAGGGAGAACUUCUCACAUGCGCCAAGCCCAGACAUGAAUGCCGCGUCCCUCUGCGCCCUGGAGCAGCUCAUGAUGGCCCAGGCCCAGGAAUGUGUGUUUGAGGGCCUCUUGCCACCUGCCUCCAUGGCUCCCUGCGACUGCCUGGCCCAGCUGCACCUGGCGCAGGAGGCUGCCCAGGUGGCAGCCGAGUACAGGCUCGUGCACCGGACCAUGGCCCAGCCCCCUGUCCACGACUACGUGCCCGCCUCCUGGAUCACCCUGGUGCACGUCAAGGCUGAGUACUUCUGCUCCCUGGCCCACUACCACAUAGCCAUGGCCCUCUGCGACAGCUCCCCAGCGACCGAGGGAGAGCUCCCCGCACACGAGCAGGUCUUCCUCCAGCCCCCCGCCUCCUCUGAGCCCCGAGGCCCCGCACUGCCACUGGAGCUGGAGGAGCGCAGGAAGCUUGGCAAGGCGCACCUGAAGCGCGCCAUCCUGGGGCAGGAGGAGGCGCUGCGGCUGCACACGCUGUGCCGUGUCCUGCGGGAGGUGGACCUGCUGCGGGCCGUGGUCGCCCAGGCGCUGCAGCGUUCACUGGCCAAGUACUCAGAACUCGACUGCGAGGAUGACUUCUGCGAGACGGCUGAGGCCCCCGACAUCCGGCCUAAGACCCGCCAGAAGCCAGAGGCCAGGAUGCCGCACCUGUCCCAGGGGAAGGGGCCUGACAUCUUCCAUCGGCUGGGGCCCCUGUCUGUGUUCUCAGCCAAGAACCGGUGGCGGCUGGUGGGCCCCAUCCACCUGACCCGAGGAGAGGGCGGCUUCGGUCUCACACUUCGGGGAGACUCGCCUGUCCUCAUUGCUGCCGUCAUUCCGGGGGGCCAGGCUGCGGCGGCAGGCCUGAAGGAGGGUGACUACAUCGUGGCGGUGAACGGGCAGCCGUGCCGCUGGUGGAGGCACGCGGAGGUGGUGGCGGAGCUGAGGGCUUCGGGAGACGCAGGUGCCAGCCUGCAGGUGGUGUCGCUGCUGCCCGGCUCUGGCCUGCCCUGCCUGGGGGACCGCCGGCCCGCCCUGCUGGGCCCCAAGGGGCUUCUGAGGAGCCAGAGGGAGCAUGGUUGCAAGACCCCGGCAUGCACAAGGGCCAGCCCCCGGCCCCUCCUCGGCUGGAGCCGAAAGACCCAACAGGGCAAGACUGGAGGCUGCUCACAGCCCGGCGCCCCAGCGAAGGCGGCUCCACCCUCACCCUCGGAGCUCCCAGGGCAGCUGUGAGGGCACGGCUCCCCACACACCCCAGCUCUGGCUCCAGCUGGUGGGAAGCAUCAAGCACUCCCCCACCCAGAGGGCCUGCAGGCAGUGCCUGCUUUGCCCCGUGCCGGAGGUUGCCCCAGGCACCUUCCUGCCCAUUAAAGACGAUGGUCAGACCUGUCUGAGCCCA